AUGGCAAUCCGUCGGUUCUAUGUAUUAGAAAAACGACUAGAAUCCUGUCCAGAGACAAAGGCGGCCUAUACACUGUUUAUGAAGGAGUAUGAGGCAUUAGGUCAUAUGUAUGAAGAGACAACCGAUAAGACAACAUUACCAGAAGCAUACUUGCCACAUAAUUGUGUGAUAAAGGCAGAGAGUACUACCACCAAACUACACGUUGUUUUUGAUGCGUCAGCAAAAAGUACAACGGGCGUCUCACUAUAUCAAUCAAUGAUGGUCGGCCCAACAGUUCAAGAAGAUCUAUUCAAUAUUCUAAUCAGGUUCCGGCUACACUGCUAUGUUCUAACAGGGGAUAUUGAGAAAAUGUACCGACAAGUUAAAAUAUGCAAACCGCACCAGCAGUUACAAAAAUUCAUAUGGCGUGAUCGACCCACCGAAACAUUAAAGACGUAUUUUAGCCAUCGUAACAUAUGGUACAAAGGCUGCGCCUUACUUGGCUGUCCGAACCUUGCAUCAGCUAGUCGAAGAUGA